AUGCCUCGCAACACAUCACCCUCACCGAGAAGACGGUUCCAUACCCGAGGAGAAGAAGACCGUUCUGGAAGAAAAGGAAAGAAAGAUUACCCCAGAACGGAACGUGCGGGCUAUGAGCGUGAUUCAGACAGGCGAAGGGAUAAUAAUGACGAUGAUAGACAUGCCAGACACGAUGAUUACCAUAGAAGGGACGGUCGUCGUGACCGUGAUCACGAUUCUAGAAGGCCUAACCGCGAACGGGACAGAGAAGGUCAAGAUGACCAUGACCGACCCAGCAGGCCUAAUCGCGAAAGGGGUAGAGAUGGCCGAGAUGACGGUGACCGACCCAGCAGGCGCCGAAGUAGAGACUUCGCAGUCUCGUCUCGGCGUUCUGCGUCCCCAAAACAACCGUCUUCUAUCCAACCCUCUGCUCGCCCACGCUCUGGCUCUCGGUCUAAGUCCUCUCCGCCUGUUGACAAGGCCAAACCCAACUUCGCUAAUUCUGGGUUGCUGGCUGCAGAGACAAAUGCUGUCAAGUUGACUGAUGGCACAAGCACAAUCCUAAAAUAUAAUGAACCCCCAGAAGCAAGAAAGCCCACUCUGGGUUGGAGGCUGUACGUGUUCAAAGGGAGCGAGCAAGUUGAAUUACUCCAUAUUCAUCGCCAAAGCGCCUACCUAAUUGGACGUGAUCGAACCGUCACCGAUAUCUUAAUUGAACAUCCCUCCUGCUCGAAGCAGCAUGCUGUUAUCCAGCAUCGACAGGUAAUGGAGAAAGAUGAAUUCGGCGCCUCAAAAUCGAAGAACAAGCCUUUUAUUAUCGACCUGGAGUCUACAAAUAGUACACAUGUCAACGAUGAAGCCAUUCCGACAUCACGGUUCUACGAACUCAAAGCGGGUGAUGUCAUCAAAUUUGGAUUGUCAAAUCGGGAAUAUGUCCUUUUGCAUGACGAUGCAACCUGA